UAUUUCAACACUCGGAGGGGAGGUGGCGGUACCAUCUCUGCUAGUCUCGUACUAACAUUCGUCCUAAUAGCAAGUUAUUUUCCUCUCCUUCCCUCUGCCCCACGGCCGCCAUGUUGAUCUGUGCGCGUGCAGUGCUCGUGAAGUGGUAGAUGUACCAGACAAAAUGGCUGCGGUAUAGCGUGAAUCAUCUCUACCAUAUACAUGACUAAGUAAACGAGUGUUGGUGGUGUGUUCGAGUUACCAGCGAUAACUAGAAGGAGUGUUUAAUCUUUGCUGCUCCAGAACUUCAACUUUCGUAACACUCUCCAAAGAGCAAACCCUACCAAGUGAUUUUUUCCGUCAGAGCACGACAGUGAGAAUAGCUGUAGCAAUGGAAUAAUCAGGAACAAAUUUUUAUUUAUAUAAGAAAAUCCUGUUCUUGGGAUUUCUAACUCUUGCAAUGGACGACACGGAUAUUAUACAAAAAAUAGGAAAGAAAAGGUAUCGACGGAGACUUGAGAGAGACAGAUACUAUACCACGUCCAUUGAUUACAACACACUCAACAGCAUGACGAACCAAACUGCAACUACUGGUGGAAAGUUAGCGCAGGAAAUCAACGAUGAGUUCCUAACUUGCAAGAUCUGUCUUGAAGGAUUCAAGAACCCAAAAUGCUUAGAUUGUCUGCAUACAUUCUGCGAGCAAUGCAUCGACAAUCACAUCAUGUCAGAAUGUACCUAUAAGAAAUAUAGCGAUUAUCGGGAAUUCACGUGCCCUUUGUGCCGAAAGCGUACUCAACUUCCGCUAGGUGGCGUCAAGAAGCUUCCAGAUAACUUCCUGGUUUCGAGUCUAGGAGAGGUGGUGGCGAGGCAGAAGCCAUCAAAAUUUCCUUUCUGUGACAUUUGCAAACUUGUAAAUAGAAAGCAUCGCGAAGCUUCUUCUAAAUGCCUGGAUUGUAACAAACUGUUAUGUAAAAACUGUGUGGAACUACAUCGAGAAACGAAAGUCACAAAGAAUCACAGCAUAUUCGAUGUAGAUAUAGAGAAAGAUAUUGAGUGUAAAGAGCAUCAGGAGGAGGUUGUCAGGUUCUACUGUGAACCCUGUGAGGCCUGUAUCUGUGUGCUGUGCACAUUCAAUGAGCACAAAGACCACGAAAUCUCUCAAUUUUCGGAUGCCGUAGAAAAGUACAAGGAAAGUAUUCAAAAACUGUUAAACUGCUGUAAAAGUAAACUGGAGGUUUACGAUCGUCAGCUGCUUGCUCUUACUGCUUGUGAAGGUACCAUCAAAACUGCAGAGCAGAAGAUACGCGAUACUGCCAUUCAGUUCAUAUCUGACAUUAGAAAUAGAGAAAAGCAACUCAUUGAUGACUUGCAUUUUGAAUACGGACCCAUGGUAAUGGAUUACGUCAACAAGCGAAGUGACCUCCAGGUUAACGUUGAUAGCUUAAAAAGUACAUGCAGUUUGACAGAGCUUGUUCUGAAAGGAAAGGAUAUAGAACUUCUUCUCUUGAAGAAACAGGUCCAAGAGAAAUUGUCGUGUCUUGCAGAAAUUGAAUUGAAGGACUUACCAAACACAGUUUUGAAGGAAAUACAUUUCACUGCCGGAAAUUUGGAUAUGGGUCAUCUACAAGAUUCAGAUAAACCAGUUGUUUCGAAACCGCAAAGGUCUUAUUCUGGGGCAGCACCGACUCCCGCACCAAAAGUCAGCACUAGCAGCGUAACUACGCAGACAGAUAUGGAAGAAGAAGUGAAAGCCGCCCCAAAACCAGAUAUGACACAUCAAUACAUCCAAACGGUGGUGUAUGGAAGUGCUAGCAACAACUACGACUCCAAGUCCACCGAAACUGAGCACAUUGAAACCCUUGAGAAGGGCGUUAACACCAGAUCUCGAAGUCUUCAAAGUCUGACGUCACAGCUACAGAGGACAAACUCGGAAGACGUCGCCAGUCCGGAAGCUACAAGUCCAGAUCCGGUUUCUUCUUCAGGACAGGAAGCGCGAAGAAAUCGCCGCCGCAGGGAGAGACAGAAGGUUGAGGUUUCGUCCCGGCCCACGACAAACAACCCAUCUAAUACCAUGUGUAUGCAGUAGAAACCCCGACUUAUACAAGAUAUAUACCACGGUAGCUAGGAUCGCCAAGGAUCUGUCCCGAACUCCAAACUUAAAUCCAAAACGAGGUCGUGGCACGUGACAUAUGAACGUCUGAGACCAACGUAAAUUUUGACCUUCAAGAUGGCGGCGAUGAACUUGCAUGGGAUAGGCUGGAGUUACCGGUCGUUAUUGCGCACUUACCGUCGCUCAGAAUUUCAAUGGCGACAUGAUUUGAAAGUGUAUAUAUAACGAUCGAUAACUCCAGACUCAAUAUAUUACCUGUAUGACCAAACUUCAUUAUAAAUAUUCAGUUUGAUUUUGCUUUCGUUGAAAACACUAGUUUAUUUCUGUGAGGCGCUAUUGAGCGGUAUACGCUUUCUUAUAUAUCUGAAAUUAGUUUUGCUUGAUAAACCCAUAUUCCUCAAUCGUAUUGUCUAUAUAUACUUGUCAAUCCCUAGAUAGAAAUCAAUUUAGGACAGAUGAAGUCUAAUUUGAAUGGCAAAUUUGUCCCCUUUUUUCUAACUACAUGCAUAAGAAUUAUGAUGUCAAAGUUUAUUUGGGAACAGACGUUCGGAGCAUGUCGUUUUCAUUAUUUUAUAUUCAUAAUGUAACUAGUUGUUAUUAUUUCAUUCAUCAUUUAACGUGCUAAACGUUGGGACAGAUCCGAGAAUUUAACAAUCCAGCAUGAUUUUUCCGUUAAUAAUUCAUCUUAUUUUCUGCCUUUCUUACCUCAUGUUUGUUAAAAUUUAAUUAAUUGAUUAUGAAGUCACCACCAUGUAGAAAAGUACUGAUAUAUUCAAACAACUCACCUUUCCAAUAAAAUAUCUGUGAUGAGAAACACAUGUUUUCUAGUGCAUUUAUAUAAGAAAAGAGGUACAAAAUACUCAAAGGUUUAGUAACUAUGGAAACAUUAUCAAAUAGCUCAGUAAAAUGUUUAAUAUUCAUAAUUAACAAAAGCUAAUCUCGAAACUUUCCUUAACCACGCCGUUCAUAUAGAUCUCAUUCACACUAAACCAUCCACUGAUCACUGGGCUUAGGUCUUUAUCCUCAAUAACGCGGGCUAGAUAUAGACCUACAAUACGCAUGACUGUAUUACAGCUGCAUGUCGGGUAGAUUUAGUUUCACAUACAUUCACGUGACGUAUCAAAGAUGGCGGCGGACGUCUGCCAAGGACAAAAAUAGACUUCUUCCUUGCCAGAUAAUUCGUCUCGUCACGCAUGACUGCAUACAAGAAAUAGUAGAAUGGAGAUGCGAUCAGAUAUAUAACCAAUAGUGAUUUACUCUGUAGAUUCAUUAUAGAGAUACAUUUCAAAUAUGCAUGUUCUUUCUGUAACCGAUAGUUACAUAAGUAUCGUUAAAUAGCAUUUUGUUAAAAUUUCCAUUUCGAAGAUCCAUCCUAAAAAUAUGUAGAAUGGACAUGGUUUCUGGACUGAAAAAAUGUAUGAAAAUUUUGAGUGGACUUUAGAAGUGUACAUCUUACUUGUAUUUCUGGAACUGAAUGAGACCAUUUAUCGUUUAUUCCACAUUGUUUACCUGGAACUGGUGUACCUGUUUCUCAGUUGUCGCCCUUGAUGUUCUAAGAAGACGGAGUAUAUGGAAGUGACUUACGUAUGUCAUGUAGAUAUUUCAUUGGAUGUAUUUUACAAGCAAAAAGUAUGGAGACAUUCAGAAGUAUUUUCUAUUGAAUCAGACAUAUUACUCAAUACACAGUGUUCAAACUACAACAA